AUGCUCGCCCUCCCCUCCACCCCCAAGCCCAACACCCACACCCGCACCCUCACCCCCAACAUCCUCCCCUGCCGCAUCCACCACUCCGGCCCCAUCCCCACCUCAAAACACCACUGGAACCCCUCCAAAAUCACCAAGGACUCCCCCACAGCCACAACCACCACCCAAUCCUCCUAUCUCCGCGGCCGAAAACUCCUCGGCAAGAGCGUGAAACUCCCCUCCACCUACACCGGCGUGGUACUGCAGAAGACGGAGAAAGUGCUACCUCAGCCAGCUAAGCAGCGGGAGGAUGAUGGUGAGGAGGAGGAUGGGGACGAGCCAGUGGAGGUGAAGAUGAUGGAGACGAUUGGGAGAUUUGAGGAAGUAGUGGUGUGGGGACAUGAGAUGGUGCCGGAGGAGGGGGAGGAUGUGUAUGUCAAGGGACUGCAGGAGUGGAUUGGGUUCGCUGAGACAAUGCACUCAUACAACGACGACAAGACUGGGACGCAAUCAUGA